CAUUGUGUCAAAUUCCAUGUAGUGGUCAACACAUUAAAAUUUUUGUCUUUCAUACAUCGGUUUGAGGACCAUCGCUUUUUUCCGCAAGUCGUCGCCUGCGGUCAGGUGUGUACAUCGGAGGUAUUAAGCAAAGCGGUCCAGUAAUAAUAUUUUUCCGAAGUUACGAUGUAUCGCCUACUGGUGCAGAAGGUUGUCCUGAACGGACGGAAGGGACAGGGCGGCCAAUUGGUACGAAAUCUUAUAACCAAACAAGUUCCAAAUGUCCCUCAAUUUCGCGAGGCAGGAUUCGGAAAAGUGCUGGUCGUGUUAUCUCCGUUACUCAUUGGGGGUGGAGUGGUUGCCUAUGCCAAAUACGACAAUGAGUUCCGCAGAACGUUGGUUUCAAAUGCUCCCGCCCUAGAGCCAGUGCUUAAAGUGCUUUUGCAAGAAGAAAAUCCUUUGAAUGACGUUUCAAAGAAAUUCGAUGAAAUUUCCAGUACAGUCAGUGGUUACACUUCAAGCAUUACUAGCUUUUUUACUGGAGGAGAGCAGGAGAAAAAACCGGAAAAAAAAGUAGAUGUUCCACCGGUGACACGUUCCAAGUUGGUUCACGUGCCUGUUCCUUCGCCUCCUUUGUCGAAACCUGAGCCAACAGCAGAAAAAAGUUCCACUCCGGCAACGGGCACUACUCCAGAGAAGAUUCCAGUUACAGCAGCAACAGCUCCUGUUAAGAAAGAUGCUUCUCUAAUGGCACCAACGCCCAAGCCAACCAUUUCUAGUCUAGGCGAAAUACCUAAAUCGAUCAGUGAUUUGGAGCGCCAGAUAGACGUUGCUGCCGCAACGGCUAUCAAGGAAUACGGAAAAGCGGUGCAAGUACUGAGAAACUACACCGAAGAAGUGAAAAAAGUUGUCGAUGAGUCUGUCGAUAAAUUGGACACAUCCAGUUGGGUGCUAUUACGCAAUCGAACCAGCGCGAGGGACACUUCGCUUAAAGCGGCAGAAAGUGCCGCGGAUGAAGCACGGAAUAACAUUGAGAAACUGCAUCGUCUUUUGGAUAGCAAAGAUAUCAAAUGUUCCGAUGAGUUGAAGAACAAGGCCCGUGAAAACAUAGCUGCGUAUUUGGAACAUCUCAAGAAAGCGAAAGAAGAGGUCUUCAAAGCUAGGGAUCUCGCUAAUCAAGGCGAAAAGUACUGGAAAAAGGUAGAAACUGCUAGGAACUUUUUUGUUGAGGAAAUUGAGUCUCUCUUUCCCGGGAUUAAUUUGAACGAGAGGAAGCUCGAUAUAGCUAAGGAAGAUCUCGACUUGUUUAUCAUACAUGCCUUUACGCAAGUGGUGGCUCAUCAGAAGGAGCUCCAGAAGCUGCAAAUUGAAGGUGAUCAGAAGUUGAGACGGGCAUUAGAAGCAGUACGAGGAACUGAUCAAAGUGAAGCUGUCAAAGCGCAGUUAGAAUAUGAAAUCGCGAAAGAACGACGAGAGCUAAACUUACGCAACCAGAAGAAGCUUCUCGCUAUUCGAGCUGACCUAGAACGUGACCUUCGGAACCAAAUGAAACGACAAUCCGAAGCUCACACGGACCAUUUGAACGAUGCGCUCGUGCAGAAGGAAUUGGAAAUGAAGCGCAAAUUUCAACGCGAAUUGGAUGAAAAGAUUACCACCGAGCAAGCUGCCUACAAACUGCAGUUAGCAGGAAUGCUUGGCAAAUUGAAGGGCAUGGACGCCGCUCUUAAAGAGAUCGAUGAUGAAAUGAAAGGACGCGCUGAUGCGGAGAAAAGUGCCCAUCAAGCGCAAGCUUUGUGGGGUUCCUGCCAAUCACUCUGGUCAUCUAUCCGAUCUGGCCAACCAGGAAAAUCUUGGCGCGAACAGCUGCGCCCUCUGAAUGAUGAAAUCAGCGCCGUCGGGCGUGCGGCGGAAGGUGAUGAACUUGUCAGUGUAGUGCUUAAAGGAUUGCCCGAGACAGCUAAAACACGUGGUGUCUAUCCGGAGGAUGCUCUGCGUGAGCGAUUCAUCAAGGUAGAGGAAAUUUCUCGUCGACUGGCGUUAAUUCCAGCCGCAGGAGCUCGGCUGCCAAUGUAUUUUCUAUCGUACCUGCAAGCUGCACUCAUCGCCCGUCCUGAUGUUUCUAUCUCAAAAGACGAGCUCGAGGAUAAACCGUUUGAUGUGAGCAAGCUGGAUACGUACGACAUUUUGAAUCGGGCUCGCUAUUGGCUGGAUCGUGGUGAUCUUGUCAAAACAGUGCAAUACAUGAAUUUGCUUCAGGGCGCAUCACGGAAAGCUGCUUCCGACUGGCUCUAUGAGGCUCGUUUGCUGCUGGAAACACAACAAGCAGCCAGUACAUUAAUGGCUCAUGCUGCAUCCAGUGGCAUUCGAUUUCUGUAGGAAAGUCAUCUGUGUACUGUUUUAAAUGUCCCCCAUGAUGUCCUUAACUAUUCCGUGUUACAACCCGGCUGUUGCUGUUAAGAACCGAAAGUCCACAAACACAACGUAUGCAACAGUUUUGCGUUUGAUUUUAAAUAGUUUAACCAAAUUUAACUGAGAAUGGCAACGUCACGCCUUUAUUGUGUUGCUAAAUUCAAAUCAGUAUAAAACCCCAUUGAACAAGUAAAUUGAGCAUUAAUUAUGGCAAUGAUUGGAAACCGUUAUAUUUUCAAUAUGUAUGCAGUUUGAAAAAUACAAAUAUUCCCUUGAAAACUAAGAAUGUUGUAAUUAGCCAUUUCAUUGAAAAUAAAUCGAGAAUGUCA